GACGUUGCAGUCGUGUCAAGGAAAAACUUCAAUUAUUUAGUAGUCGUCUGCUGUACAGCCACAAACCGUUCGGAAAAAUUUACGAAAUUAAUUUAGAUUUAUAUACAAACAGUUAUGGCUUCUAGUCGCCUAGAAAGAAUAGGAAAUAUUUAUUCAAGAGUGAGGGGACUUCUCCGCUCAGGUGCAAUGAAACCAGAAGAUAAACCCAUAUGGUACGAAGUUUACGAAGCAUUUCCACCUAAAGUAGAACCUCAGUAUGGUAGAAAAGCAUCUGAGAUAACCAUACACCCCAUAUUUUACCCAGAAGAUAUCGUAAGAGCGAAAUUCUAUGAAAGAUUUGGCUCACCUGGACUAAUUUCUCUGGCAAACAAUGAAUAUCCAACACCUUGCCAAAAGUUCUUAGACAGAUAUAAGGAAAUGGAAAAAGGUUUUUCAGAUGAAAAUGAAUUGUUUGAAGCUGUAGCAAAGGUUAUGGAAGAAGAGAAAUCAGUGCCAGAGUCAGUAUCUAGCAACCAACCUGACAAUGGAACAAGUAUGGCUUCUAUGUUCAGUUCAGCUGUUAGCAAAAGUCAGCCUCAACCCAAAAUCAACGUUGGUGAUUUAUUAACUGAAAAGUAGAAUGCUUCAUGUUCUUAUAAUAGCAUAUUUCCUAAAGAAAAGAGGAAAAUAAACUUGUUUCUACAUAUGA